CGGGGUGAACCUUUGUCGAUAGCACAUGUUCAUUAUUAUUUCCCGUAAUUAUUUGGCUAUUUGGAAUCGCAACAAUGGCGAAACACUCGAGCUUGGCCGGUCGGAGUGGAGUUCGAGUCGUGGUCGCCGGUGACCGAGGCACCGGAAAGUCUAGCCUCAUAGCUGCCAUUGCAUCGUCGGAGGCAUUCCCCGAAGCCGUUCCACCCGUGCUUCCUCCCACUCUCUUGCCCCCUGAUUUGUACCCUGACAACGUUCCUCUUACCAUCAUUGACACAUCUUCUAGCUUGGAAAAACAAAGCAAGCGUAAUGAACAAUUGAAAGGAGCUGAUGUGGUGAUUUUAACAUAUGCUUGCAAUGAGUCUGUGUCCUUUUCGCGGUUGAGCUCUUACUGGUUCCGGGAACUGCAGAAGUUGGAGGUGAAGGCACCUAUAAUUGUGGUUGGAUGCAAGUUAGAUCUGCGGGAUGAAAGCCAGCAAGUGAGCUUAGAGCGUCUCAUGACGCAGCUCCUACAACAGUUCAAGGAAAUUGUCACCUGCAUUGAGUGCUCUGCUGCUACGCAAUACCAGGUUCCCGAAGUUUUUUAUUUUGCACAAAAAGCAGUACUGCAUCCAGUAGAUCCAUUGUAUGAUCAAGAAAGUCAAGCUUUAACAGAUCGAUGUGUUAGGGCAUUGAGAAGAAUAUUUGUUCUUUGCGAUCGUGACAUGGAUGAUGCCCUCAAUGAUGCAGAACUAAAUGAGUUUCAGGUUAGAUGUUUCAAUGCACCAUUGCAAUCAGCUGAACUGGAGAGCAUCAAAACAGUUGUACAGGAGAAAGUACCUGAAGGAGUCAACUCGCUUGGUCUUACCUUUCCAGGAUUUAUCUAUGUCCAUAAUAUGUUUCUAAAGAAAGGCCGUCCGGAGACAUUAUGGGCUGUUUUAAGAAACUUUGGAUAUGAUAAUGAUUUAAAACUCAAGGAUAAUUUCCUUCCCAUACCAUCUAAGCAUGCUUCAGAUCAGAGUGUGGAGCUAACAGGUGAAGCUGUAGAGUUUCUAAACGGUAUCUUCCGAUUGUUAGAUACUGAUAAAGAUCGAGCCCUACGUUCUGCUGAAGUUGAUAAAUUAUUUUGUACUGCUCCGGAAAGUCCAUGGAAUGACGCUCCAUAUAUGGAUGCUGCUGAGAGAACUGACAUGAGUUACAUAUCUCUUAAUGGGUUCCUGUCGCAGUGGGCCCUUAUGACAUUACUUGAUCCUCCAUGUAGUUUGGCAAAUUUGAUUUACAUUGGAUAUAGUGGUAAUCCUGCUGCAGCACUCCGUGUUACUCGUAGAAGAGCAGUAGAUCGCAAGAAACAAGCAACAGAAAGGAAUGUGUUCCAAUGCUAUGUUUUUGGUUCUAAAAAUGCUGGGAAGUCGGCUCUGUUGGAUUCAUUAUUGGGAAGGCCUUUCUCAAAUAAUUAUACUUCAACAACAGUUGAGAGGUUUGCAGCAAAUUCCGUUGAAUUAAUAGGGGGAACAAGAAAAACUCUUAUAUUGCGGGAGAUACCAGAGGGUGAAGUAUCCAAAGUUUUGUCAAAUCAGGAUUUUUUGGCAGCAUGUGAUGUAGCUGUUUUUGUGUAUGACAGCUCAGAUGAAUAUUCAUGGAAGAAAUCCAGAGAUUUGCUUGAGAAGGUUGCUAGGCAAGGAGAUCUAACUGGUUAUAGAGUUCCUUGUCUCCUUAUUGCUGCUAAGGAUGAUUUAACUCCGUAUCCAAGGGCUGUACAAGAUUCAGUUAAGGUUACUCAGGAAUUGGGAAUAGAGGCACCUAUUCAUGUAAGUAUGAAAUUAGGCGAUUCAAGUAAUGUAUACAAUAAGAUUGUUAAUGCUGCAGAGCACCCUCAUUUAAGCAUUCCAGAAACUGAGAUUGGGAGAAAAAGGAAGCAGUACCAUCGGCUUCUUCAGCACUCUCUUGUUUUUGCCUCAAUUGGAGCUGCUAUGGCAGUUGUUGGUUUGGCAGCAUGUCGUGCAUAUGCAGUGAAGAAGAAUUCUUCUGGUUAGUCCUCAAGAAAUUUUAUGCUAACACUUAAAUUGACUGUUGAAUUCGUGUUCAGUAUUGGGCACACUAACCUUAAUGGCCAAUCGUAAGUUAGAAUAUAUUUUAUGUAUAGUAGCUACUUAUUGUGUUUCGUUUUUUGUUUUCAAAUUGAUUUUCGUUGUGUAUAUUUCAUGAUUCGAUGUAAUUACUCCGAUUUUUCCUUUUUGGAGUAUGUCUGGACUUGGGUAUUGUCUAUGGUAUGUUUAGAUUUGGGAGGGUUUUCAACCACUCCCUGUAGGUCCAAUAAUAUAUUAAAUGUCACCAUUCAAAUCCAUGUAAGAAUGAGUUGUUAUACUUGCAAUAUUUCUUAGUUCAUACAUUCAUAACUUUGAAGUUCAAAUAAGAAUCAUACUUCGAACGUUUUAUUUACAAGCUCGCACCUGACUACAUACUAUUAACACAAUUUUAUAUCCUCAAACUUGCACAAAUUUAGAUGACCUCGUUUAAAUUUUAAUCCAAAAGCUUUAGGUAAUAUCAGAGUCCCUGACAGUUUUUUUUUCUACAAAUAAAACAGGAGUGUGUGGAAAAUCGAAAGAAAUGUGCAUGAAACAUAAUGCAGAAAAUUUUUAAGCAGUUUUUUUUUUUUUUUUUUGGUGUGUGGUGAUUCUCAAUCUUCUUUUUUCUAGUCAAAUAGUCCUAGAUGAAAAGUCUAACAAUACUUAUAAUUAAGUGAUACUAAAUAACAAGCACAUUACUUACAAUGCACAACAUAUAUUCUGAAAAAAAUUAAACACGUGUGCACAAAACUAAACACAAAUUAACAAUCCUAUCAACUUCAAA